AUGCCUCGAUUUCUCGUCGGUGAUGAACUGGGCAACAUAAAAUCGACAGCCCCUCGCAUUAGUAAAGCAUCUAAUGCUGAAAGAAAGCUAUCAGCUGCUCAUGCUAAUGGAGCGGUUUCAAUAUUUUCUUUGAAUGAAGAUGAUCAAAUCGAGUUACUUCAAGAGUGGAAGGAAACUCGAAUCAAGAGUGAUCAGUCUUUCAUCGGUCUUGCUGCUUCGGGCAGCUCUGUAUUCUCCUGUACUACCAACGGCGCCCUGCUGAUGUCGACUUUGAAAAACGAUAACUGUGGAGUCAGCCAUAAACUUGCGGCCUUACCGUCUCGACUAUGCGACUGGCGUCUCUCACAUGAUCGUCAAACAUUUGCGUACGGAGGCGACGAGGUAGAAGUAUCUCUCUGGGAUACAGAGCGUGCAUUUGCUCCUCCAUCCGAAAGUUCAGCAAAAGGUGCAAUAGUUAACAGCAAAAAGCGGAAACAAAGCGAUACCCUCUUUCCUGGGGAAGUUUGGCGCGCCAAGAACGUCCCAAAUGAUUUUCUUGGACUGCGGCAGCCCGUUCACAAUACAUGUUUAACGUACCUCUCGCCUUCAACGUCUGCAAGCCAACAGCAUCUUCUUGCAGGCACACGUCUCGGUGAUAUGCGUCGUUACGACACUCGUGCUGGGCGGAGACCUGUCGCUGUGUUUAAAGGAAUAGGGAAGAUUGGUGGCGUAAAAACAGUAGAGAAGGGAUCCUCAGAACAUGAGGCCUUCAUCUCAGACUACGGCUCAAAUGUGUACGCGGUUGACUUACGGAAUGGGAGUGUCUCAUAUGGGUACAAAGGCCUAUCGGGCACUGCCAUCUCACUGGCUGCAUCCCCAACCCACUUAGCUUCAGCAUCGAUAGAUCGAUAUGUACGCAUACACAGUGUCGUCCAACUUCCUGAUAAAGUUGGGCAGCACCUUGACAAGAAGGGCACGGUUUUGGAGCGCGUUUUUAUGACAACGAUACCGACGGUUGUUCUCUGGGACCAAGAGCAAGAUACUGUGCCCGUGGAUGAGGAUGAACAGGAAGGAGAUGAUGUAUGGGAAGGUAUGAAAAACGCUGCAGAGGACGAUGAAAAGGCUUGAGUGGGCUGCUUAUUUUUCACAGUCCCAUGUCUCAUUCAGGAGGUUAUUGCUGCAUAUUAAAUUCUGCAUUAUUAAGGCUU